AUGUCACGUCACUCAGAACGUAUCAGUGAGUCUGACUUGAAGUAUUAUGAACAUAGAUAUUACAAUGACUUGAAGAAUGAUUGCUUUAAAUUCAAAAUCUCCAAUUCAACAUAUAGGUGCCCCUUUUGCCUUGACAGGCAGGAUUACUCCGUGAGUGAGCUUUUGAAACAUGCAUCAAGAUUUGCCAGGGGUUCACAUAGCAGAGAGAUUAAAGUUAUAGCGAAGCACUCUGCUCUUCAAUUGUACAUUGAUAAGUAUCUUCCUAAGAAUAUUAGACCAGAACCUGUUAGCAAGGAUCAAUUGUUUGUCUGGCCUUGGAUGGGUAUUGUUGCUAACAUUCCUACUGAAAUUGAAAAUGGAAGGUAUGUUGGAGAAAGUGGUAGCAAACUAAGGGAGGAGUUUACCCUAAAAGGAUUUCACCCCUUGAGAGUUCAUCCCCUAUGGAACCAUAAUGGACAUUCAGGCUUUGCCAUUGUCGAGUUUAGCAAAGAUUGGGAUGGUUUCAUCAAUGCUAUGAACUUUGAAAAGAGCUUUGAAGCGGAACAGUGUGGUAAGAGGGAUUACUACAGUUCAAGAUGCCAAAGGGGUAGGCUGUAUGGAUGGGUGGCUCGCGAUGAUGACUACCACUUGAAGAGUGUAAUUGGUGUUCACCUUCGUAAAAAUGGGGACUUGAAAACUGUUUCUGGAAAAGAAGCAGAGGACAAAAGGAAAACAUCAAAGCUUGUCUCGGGUUUAGCUAAUACCUUGAAAAUGAAGAAUAAGGAAUUGGAACAGGUAUGUAGCAAAUAUGAUGAGAUUGAUUGGUCCCUGAACAGAGUGAUGGAACAGAAAGAGGAGAUGAUUAAAUCAUUUAAUAAUGAAAUUCAACAGAUACAGCAGAGGGAUCGUGAUCAUUUGAACAAUAUUUUUAUGGAUCAUGAAAAAGCCAGAUUGCAUCUGGAAGCUCAAAAGAAAGAGCUUCAGAACCGUGAGAAUGAUCUGCAAAAGCGUCAAGCACGGAAUGACAAUGAGAGAAAGAAACUACAUUUUAAGAAGAAAAAUAAUGAGAUGGCAAUAAUGGAGCAAAACAAGGCUGAUGAGAAAGUGAUGCAUUUGGCUGAAGAACAAAAGAAAGAAAAGGAGAAACUCCAUGAAAAAAUUCAUGAACUACAAAGAAGACUUGAUGCUAAACAAACACUGGAAUUGGAGAUCGAACACAUGAGGGGAGCUAUCCAAGUAAUGAAACACAUGGGGGAGGAUGAAGAUGUGGAGGAGAAGAAAAAAAUGGAUGCAAUUAAAUUGGCUUUGCAGGAUAAGGAGGAGGAAUUGGAAGCAAUGGAAGAUCUUCAACAAACUCUUGUUGUCAAGGAGCGUAAAACCAAUGACGAGUUGCAAGAUGCUCGCAAGGAAUUAAUUAGUCUGAUGGCGAAGACGACUCGAGCUUUUAUUGGUGUGAAAAGAAUGGGAGAGCUUGAUGGUAAGCCGUUUGUGAAAGCAGCUAAGAGGAAAUUUUUUGGUGAUGAAGUGAAUGUGAAAGCUGUGGAGUUGUGCUCACAGUGGGAGGCUUAUCUUAGAGAUCCAAGCUGGCAUCCAUUUAAAGUUUUAUUAGAUGAAGCAGGGAAUGCGAAGGAAAUUUUAGAUGAAGAAGAUGAAAAACUUAGAACUUUAAAGGAUGAGUUCGGCGAUGAGGUCUUUGGAGCGGUGGCUACAGCUCUGAGAGAGUUGAAUGAAUACAACCCCAGUGGUAGAUAUCCAUUACCGGAGCUAUGGAGUUUUAAGGAAGGAAGGAAGGCGUCUUUGAAGGAGGGUGUUUCUCAUUUAAUGAAGCAAUGGAAAUUAUUAAAACGAAGGAAAACCUGAGGCUUCGUUUGGGUGGUUUGAAUUAGGAAAGAAUAUGCAGAACUUCAAUUUAAAUUCUUGUUCUAACGUAAUUGGAUUUAGUUCAAUAUUAUA